AUGGAGACAGCAGAAAAUGCUCCAAAGUCUCCAACAUUGACGUUAAAAGAAAUUCGUAAAAGUGGAAGAAGUGGCAUAAGAUCUGCUCGUAGUUUACAAAGUAUAAAGAGCUCAAAGAGCAAUCGAAGUACAAACAGUGUGCGUGUCUUCAACCAUGGUCAUCAAACCUAUUUCACUUGUUUUGGAUCAUUACAUGUUAAGCUGGCAACUUGUGGAGUCGGUAUGAUUACGUUAGCAAUUGUUUGUUCAGCAUUGAUCUACUGUGUUUAUACAUCACAAGAGCUUGAAAAACCUGCUAUGAAACUUUACAUAUUACCACUUAUUUUAAUAAUUGUUAUUCUGUUGUAUCUCUAUAUUGGAAUCAUGCAGAAGAAAGCUAGGUUAAUCUUUCCAUUCAUCGCCUUGCAGAUUUUCUUUGUUUUUGCCACAGCCAUUGCAAUCGUCAUGAUCUCCAUAGCAGUUGUUUGUCGUACCAAGUUCAUCCUUCAGAUAUUUGUCCCUAUAGACAAGAAAUCAACAGAACAAGAUUAUCUCAGAAUGUCCCUGGCAACAGCGGUGAUUCUUUUUCUGCAAUUGUUUUUUCAACUUUGGGCUCUCCGUUCCGUGUGUGGCUGCUUCAGAUAUUUAUCAGAUCUCAAGCGAUUCAAUAUUCGUCAAUCUCAAUUAAACUUUAUUUGA